AUGGCUUCCGUCCAGCAACAGCAGCCCGGCAUGAACAUGAAUGCCCAGGCCAACCACCCGCAGUUGACCAAGGAGUACCUGACACAGACCUAUCAGCUCUAUACUCAGGCCAAGGCUCAAGGCGUCCCUGACACAGACCCCGAACAAAUCAAGCGUGGUAGACUCAUCGCAUUUGCUCGUCAAAAGUCAGAGAUGGCCAAGAGGCAGAUGCAGUUGCGUCAACAGCAGCAGAUGCAAGCCCAGCAGCAACAGCGCCAACAGCAACAAGGUCAGCACCAGCAGCAGAGUGGCCAGCCCCUGCAGGACCAGAACGGCAGUCUCAAUGGCACCGCUGCCAUGCAGUCGGUCAAUGGCGGUGCUCAACAAUCCACGCCACAGCAGCCCUCAUCAGCCGUGUCCAAGGAGGCACUCUUGUCUACUGAUCAGCAGACCACCUUGCGCCAACAGCUCUCUGCCUUCAACUACCUGCAGAAGAAUAUGCCCAUUCCGCAGAACAUUCAAGAAUCCCUGUUCCAGUCACAGAAGGCCGCCGCUACCGAUUCGUCAAAACCUGCUACGCCCGCUACCCAAUCUGCCACCAAAACCCACCGCUUCCAGUCCUUCAAGGACCCUCACGCCCUCGUACCCGCUUCCAUCUCAUACCUCGAUCAUACCCGCCGCGACCAGCGCCACAUCAUCCCCAGCAUCAUGCCUUUGGGUAUCGAUGUUGACAGAGCGCGUGAAGAGAGGGAAGCCAUCUUGUACAACCGCCUCAUGGCACGCAAGAGUGAAUUGGACAAGCUUCCUGCCAACAUUGGCUCGUGGGACACGACCUCGUCGACUGUCCCUGUUGACAACGGCAAACUGAAGCUGAAGGCCCUUAUCGAGCACAAGAUGUUGUCCCUGCUCCCCAAGCAGCGCCAAAUGAGAGCCACCGUCAGUCGCGAGAUGAUGCAGUCAGAUAACCUCGCCAUGACUGCCAACCGCGCCCUGUACCGCCGCAUCAAGAAGCAGUCUCUGCGUGAAGCUCGUAUCACCGAGAAGCUCGAGAAGCAACAGCAAGACGCUCACGAGUCCAAGGAGAAGAAGAAGCACAACGAUUUCCUCCGCUCUGUGCUAUCUCACGCCAGCGAGCUCAAGAAUUCUGCUGCCAACCAGCGAACAAGGAUCCAAAAGCUGGGUCGCCUCAUGCAAACCACACACUCCAACAUCGAAAAGGAAGAGCAAAAGCGCAUCGAAAGAACCGCCAAGCAACGUCUCCAAGCUCUCAAGGCCAACGACGAAGAGACCUACCUCAAGCUGCUGGGCCAGGCAAAGGACAGCCGUAUUUCUCACUUGCUCAAGCAGACCGAUGGUUUCCUCGACCAACUUGCCGCUUCCGUCAAGGAACAGCAACGCGGUGCCGCUCGCAGAUAUGGAAUUGUCGAAGAGGAAGAAGAGGAAGAGGAAGUUGUCGCAGAUGAAGAAGAUGGCGAGGGCAAGUCAAGAAAGGUCGACUACUACGAGGUUGCCCACAAGAUCAAGGAAGAGGUCACACAGCAAGCCAACAUGCUCGUCGGUGGUACCUUGAAGGAGUACCAGGUCAAGGGUCUCCAGUGGAUGAUUUCGCUCUACAACAACAACCUCAAUGGUAUCCUUGCAGACGAGAUGGGACUUGGAAAGACCAUCCAGACGAUCAGUCUGAUCACUUACCUGAUUGAGAAGAAGCGCCAGCCCGGACCUUACCUGGUAAUUGUACCGCUUAGUACGUUGACAAACUGGAACAACGAGUUCGACAAAUGGGCUCCCUCAGUCUCAAAGAUUGUUUACAAAGGACCACCCGCCCAAAGAAAGACCCACCAGAACCAAAUCAGAUAUGGCAACUUCCAAGUCUUGCUCACUACCUACGAGUUCAUCAUCAAGGACAGACCCGUACUCAGCAAGAUCAAGUGGCUGCACAUGAUUGUCGACGAAGGUCAUCGUAUGAAGAACGCCAACUCGAAGCUGAGCAGUACCAUUACUCAGUACUACACAACGCGCUACCGUCUGAUUUUGACUGGUACUCCUCUUCAAAACAACCUUCCUGAACUGUGGGCUUUGCUCAACUUCGUCCUCCCUACCAUCUUCAAAUCGGUCAAGUCGUUCGAUGAGUGGUUCAACACUCCUUUCGCCAACACAGGUGGGCAGGACAAGAUGGAGUUGUCAGAAGAAGAGCAGCUGCUCGUCAUUCGUCGCCUUCACAAGGUUCUUCGACCCUUCCUGCUGCGUCGUCUCAAGAAGGAUGUCGAGAAAGACUUGCCUGACAAGCAGGAACGUGUCAUCAAGUGUAACUUCUCAUCGCUUCAGGCCAAGUUGUACAAACAGCUUCUCACUCACAACAGACUUAUGGUCAGCGAUGGCAAGGGUGGAAAGACUGGUCUUCGUGGUCUCAGCAACAUGCUCAUGCAGUUGAGAAAACUUUGCAACCAUCCCUUCGUCUUCGAGGAAGUAGAAGAUCAGAUCAAUCCUGGCAGAGGAACCAACGACACACUGUGGCGUACAGCUGGAAAGUUCGAGCUUCUUGACAGAAUUUUGCCCAAGUUUGAGAAGUCUGGCCAUCGUGUCUUGAUGUUCUUCCAGAUGACACAGAUUAUGAACAUCAUGGAAGAUUUCUUGCGUCUGCGCGGUCUCCAGUACCUGCGUCUGGACGGAUCAACAAAGGCUGAUGACCGUAGUGAGCUCCUCAGAAUCUUCAAUGCGCCUAACUCGCCUUACUUCUGUUUCUUGCUGUCGACUCGCGCUGGCGGUCUCGGUCUGAACUUGCAGACUGCCGAUACCGUCAUCAUCUAUGAUUCCGAUUGGAACCCUCAUCAGGAUCUCCAGGCCCAGGAUCGUGCUCACCGUAUCGGUCAGAAGAACGAAGUCCGCAUUCUGCGUCUCAUCAGUUCCAACUCGGUGGAAGAAAAGAUUCUCGAACGUGCCAACUACAAGCUUGACAUGGAUGGCAAAGUCAUUCAAGCUGGUAAGUUCGACAACAGAUCGACCAACGAAGAGCGUGACGAGAUGCUUCGUGUUAUGCUGGAGUCAGCCGAAGCAGCCGAGGCAUUCGAACAAGAGGAAAUGGACGAUGAUGACCUGAACGUGAUCAUGAUGCGCUCGGAAGAUGAGUUAACGCUCUUCCAGCAAAUGGAUCGCGAUCGUUACAGGGAUCAGAAGUACGGUCCUGGAAAGAAAUAUCCUCGUCUCAUGUGCGAGCAGGAGCUCCCUGACAUCUACGUCAACGAAGAAGGCCCGAUCGAAGAGAUUGUCGAGGUCGCCAUGGGCCGUGGUAAUCGUGAGCGUGCCAAGGUCAAGUACGACGAUGGCCUUACCGAAGAGCAAUGGCUCGAAGCUGUCGACAACAGUGAUGACGAUAUCGAGUCCGCUGUUGCCCGCAAACAGGCACGUAUCAGCAGGCGUGCUGGCAACAAAGAUAAGAGGGGACGUGGGGAAGAGGGUCUGGAUGACACACCUCCACCGGAUUCUCGUGCCAGCUCAGAAUCUCCCCAGCCUAAGAAGCGUGGUCGCAAGCCCAAGCCGGAGACAGUCCAGAAACGCAAGGCUGAAGAAGAUGUUGAAGCACCGCAGCCAAGAAAGCGUGGCCGUCAAGCCAAGGUCCCCGAUCUUUUGCCACCAACUGAGCGUGAGCACUUGCAAGCAGUUCUCGACACGGUGCAUGACAUGCUCAUGGACCUGGAAGAGAAAUCUUCAGAUCCUGACUUGGCGGACAGAGGAAUUAUCGACCCCUUCAUCGAGCUGCCUCCUCAGAAGCACUACCCUGAUUACUACCAGCUCAUCAAAACACCCAUUUGCAUGGAACAAAUCCAGAAGAAGAUCAACAAGAAGCAGUACCAAAACCUGCGCCAAUUCAGACAGGACAUCAAGCAACUGUGCGACAACUGCAGAACUUACAACGAGGACGGCAGUGUUCUGUACCAAGAUGCAAACCUGAUCGAGAAGCUCGCCGAAGAGACGGCCAAGUAUCCCGAGUUCGCCGACUGGGAGACCGAGACAGGCAACACACGACCAGUGUCGAGUGCGGGUACACCUCAGCCACGCGUCAAGCUAACUCUGGGUGGGCGCAAGAGCCGUGGCGGCACCGAGUCCAUGGUUCAGAGCGACGAAGACGAGUAG